AUGGUCUCGGCAACCGCACGGCUAGCGAAGCCCUUCACAGCGGCCACGACAUCCUCUCUUGCCUCCUCAUCGACCUCGGGGCUGCCACGCUCCAUCGCAUCCAUGUCGUCCUCUUCGUCGACAUACACUAUUCGUGCGGUCGCUGCCUUCUCCCGCGCACUCCUCCGGUACGGCUGCCGCAAAGUGACAGUUCGCAAUCUCGACCGUUUCCUCUCUCACCUCCAUUCACCCGACCGCCUCUCAUCCCGCACCGGCCUGCUCACCUACGCAAAUCACAUCUCGGUCCUCGACGAGCCGACAAUAUGGGGCGCUCUCCCAGCAUCUACCUUCCACAACCCGUCCACGGUGCGCUGGACGCUCGGUGCGAGCGAUAUCAUGUUCACCAACCCCCUUCUGUCACGGUUCUUUCGCAACGGGCAGUGCAUCGAGACGCAUCGUGGCGGGGGGAUCUACCAGACUGCGAUUGACGAGGCCAUAGCCAAGCUCGGUGGUGGGAACUGGGUGCAUCUUUUCCCGGAAGGAUACGUCAACGUCAGCACGAGCACGAGGUUGCGGCGGUUCAAAUGGGGGAUUUCGCGAAUGAUAUUAGAGGCAGAGAAGCUGCCCACCGUCGUACCCAUCUGGAUCACUGGCUUUGACAGGCUCAUGCCAGAACCAAGAGACAAGCCCAAAUGGCUCCCCCGAUUCGGGGCGGAUGUGACGAUCACCUUUGGCGAACCUAUCACGCAGUCGCUCGAACCCGUAGUCGCGGCCAUCAAGGCCAGUGGCGGUGUGGCACCGGACGAGCUCCUUCCGGAAUCACUACGUACAGCCGCACAACUCGACUCAAUAGCGGAAGGACAAAAUGACAGGUCGAUACCAAAUCAAGUGGCUACCGCAUGGAACACUUCGACGCUCAUCCGCACUCAAGGGAAGGAGUCGCUCAACCUCGCCCUCGCCCGCUCCCAACUCGCCGCUCUGCUCCGCCACCACCUUGGCCUGGUUGGCAUCGAACAACGCCGCGCAGAUGGAUACGACAAGCCGGAGGAGGACGGAACACUCGUGCACACCGAAUCGCUGAGGCACCCCAAACAGCAUGCGCAGAACAACGUGCUGCGCGAUGGAGAGCGCAAGAAGGUCGGUGUGUAA